AUGCCUCCACGGUUAAGAGGAGGGCGCGCUGCUCCCGCCGGCCCCGGCAGACAGAGCACGCGUAUUGCUGCUCAGAUGGAGGCAGCACAACAAGCCGCCGGCCAGCCCGCCGCCGAGGAGUCUGCGUCCGAGCCCGAGCCCGUCAUCACAGCUGCUGCUGCCGCUGCUGAUGAUGCCUCCCAUGAUACAGAUGCCUCUCUGAAUGCCUCUCCUGGUGAUAAUGAUGACGUCGACGACGACGCUGCUCCAGAUUCCCCCAUGCCUCCUCCUCCAAGCUCCAGGGGUGGUCGCGGCAUGGCCAGAGCCCGAGAACCCUUGACACCCCAGCAGGUGAACCCGGCCGUCACAUAUGACUACCCUGGUGCAGCAACUCCUCUUCUUACGCCCAGGGGCCGGGAUGCCACCGCCAACUUGAUGAACAAGUUUGUCGACAGGCUGUUCUCCGUCUCCAAGGACGUCCUGUCCCACCUCGCACUCGAGGGUGACGAGAGGGAUGGCACCUGGAACGAUGAGCUGCAGAUCCACAAAGACAUCUUCGGUUAUUAUUACAAAAUCUACAACCUUAACGCCGACGUUUUCAUCGACAUUGAUGUCGUCGCAGAUAAGACCAAGGCUGUCGAGUCCCCCUUCUGGCCAAGGAUGACCAAGGCUGUUGCAAUUGCUAACCUUGCAAACCUACUGACCGACGUCCAAGACCUCGAAGCCAACCCGAUCAAUGUGCUCAAUCGGCUGCCGCUGCUUCAGAGAAUCGAUGAGAAUUUUCCAGACUCGUUCAUUCCUGGGGGUAAACAAAGCUUGGAGGACCCGAUGCUCGACGACGACACAUUGAAACAGGCCUUCCACAUCCGCACUCAACGGUACAUCGAGACACUUCGUGGCGUGCAAAAGGCCGUUCCUAUCCGCCUGUUUGCCCGCGUAUUUCUUGAUAUAGAUGUUGACGGCAUGGAGGACGAGCUAAUCAGUGACUACAUUGAGGCGGCGCCCUUGAGAGCCUUCCCUGGGUUUGACAUCAACGAUGCCAACGCCCAAAAGUACCGCGAUGCAAUCGCUGGCUUCCGCGCCAUGCUCGUGGAAUUGGACUCCAAUGCCAUAAUCAGUAAAUUGGAGCAAGAGUACCCCUUCCAUACCUUCUUGGAAGAUCUGAAGGACUGGGUCAGGUCAUUCGAGGCCAAGAUCCAAGCACCCACCCAGCCUGCAACCCUGAACGGUGACGGGUCAUACUCUGUCGAAGAACAAUUGCAGCAGGACAUUAGAGCUGCGCACAUAGGAAAAUUCCACUUUGCCGGCAUUGAACGCAUGCGUCAGCACAUGAGGAAUGCCUCCAGCGGAGAGCAACCGCUUGAUCUAGCAGAGAAUAAUGCUUCUCCGGCGCCCUCCAGCGCCAAUUUCAGUUUGGCUGGUACUGACUAUCUUGCUGCACAAAGGGCCCGCGACCUUAGUCAAGCUGCAAUCAGAGGCAACGAUGGAUCUCUGUAUGCAGCCGCUGCCGCCGACGCCACAAGACGAGGCCGUAAGCGAGGUCGCAAGAGCGGCGCCGAAGACGAUCCCUCGAGCAAGCGAGCUCGCGCGGCUGACGCAUCUGCUAUGCCCCCUCCUCCUCCUCCUCGCCAAAACGCAGGCGGGGCGAUCCCUCUAUCUUCUGAAGUGCCCGGCCCUAUUCCAGGGCUCAUUGACGUCGUAGCUAUGUCCCGGGCCUCACAACUUAUCUCCAAAGCCAAUCGAAAACCAGCACAGCCGAAGCAGAGGAGGCCCUGGACAGCGCACGAUACUCAGCAACUUGUCCGAGCCGUGAAUGUGUACAAGGCAAAGUGGAGCACCAUCGAGAGGGCUAUCAAGGAAGAUCACAUCCCGUUCAAUGUUCCAGAACGUGACCAGCAAGGCCUUCGUGACAAGGCGCGCCUCGUCAAGGUCGACAUUUUGAAGACCGACUCGCAUCUUCCGCCCGGGUUUGAUCUUGUUGUAUUAGGAAGGAAGGAGAAGGACAUGGUCAUUGCCGCAGGGAGGAACCCCGAGCGCAAGGAAGAAGACAAUGAUCCCGACCAGGGCCCACCGCGCAAUACGCUUUAUGACCCAACAGCUCAGACGCAAAAUGCUCCUGGGGCGGCCGCGCCCCAAGACUACCAAAGUCUCGCCGCCGAUGCUGUUGAUGACGCUAAUCUCCGGGCUCUUCAAGAGGCUCAAAUGCAGCCCGAGGCCCCCAUAGGAGGAGGGGCGCCCACAGCUCCGAUGGGAAUUCCUGGUACCGCUCCCAGCGAGUCUCUUGGCGAUUUCGGGUCUCAGAACCCGCUUUCCGUCCCCAAUGGUGCCAUCAUUGACGAUGCUCUCUCUGAGGCAGGUCCAAGCAACGCGGUGAAUGCCUAG